CGCACCAGGAGCCGGAAGAGAUUGCCCAGCCCCUAGUUUGUAACCCGGAAGUAGACGUAGCUCACGGAAGCCGGCUUUGGCCCUGCGGCUGCUGCCGUCGCCGCGGAGAAAUUGUUGGAGCUGGCAGCCUAGGAAUGACUCUCCUCUCAGCCUCUAAGCUCACCUGGUCAGAAUCCUUGGAUGAGCCUGUGGGACCCUUCCUCCUAGCCCUGUGGUUUGGAACCAGUGGCUUUGGGACUGUAAGAGGAUGGAUAAAGGUAGUAUGAGGCCGGGCCAGCUCCCCAAAUGCUCGGGCGCCAAGCAUCUGCUGAUUCCACCCUGUGCCUGGCACAUGUGUCUUUUGGUCCUGGCCGGGCAUUGUCACCUCCCCCUGGGCCAGCACCAUCCACGUACCUGUCGGCAGAGCCACAAUUUACCGACUUGCUGUUGAGCUGCCACUCUUUGGCAUGGCUGCAUUUUGAUGGCAGAGCACAGUUAUGCCCAGAGCCCAGUGUGUCGGCAUCACCAGUCUGACCUGAGCACCAUGCACGACAUGACACGUGGCACCGGGGGAACUGCCCAACGUGGAAGGUCUGGGCCAGAUUCUCAGGGACUACUAGAUUCAUCCCUGAUGGCAUCAGGCACUGCCAGCCGCUCAGAGGAUGAGGAAUCGCUGGCAGGGCAGAAGCGAGCCUCCUCCCAGGCCUUGGGCACCAUCCCUAAACGGAGAAGCUCCUCCAGGUUCAUCAAGAGGAAGAAGUUUGAUGAUGAACUCGUGGAGAGCAGCCUGGCGAAGUCCUCUACCCGGGCAAAGGGGGCCAGUGGGGUGGAACCAGGGCGCUGUUCGGGGAGUGAACCCUCUUCCAGUGAGAAGAAGAAGGUAUCCAAGACCCCCAACACUCCUGUGCCACCCAGCCCAGUCCCAGCCCCUGGACUCACCAAGCGUGUGAAGAAGAGUAAACAGCCACUUCAGGUGACCAAGGAUCUGGGCCGCUGGAAGCCUGCAGAUGACCUCCUACUCAUCAACGCUGUGCUGCAGACCAAUGACCUGACAUCUGUCCACCUGGGAGUGAAAUUCAGCUGCCGCUUCACCCUUCGGGAAGUCCAGGAGCGCUGGUACGCCCUGCUGUACGACCCUGUCAUCUCCAAGUUGGCCUGCCAGGCCAUGAGGCAGCUGCACCCAGAGGCCAUUGCAGCCAUCCAGAGCAAGGCCCUGUUUAGCAAGGCUGAGGAGCAGCUUCUGAGUAAAGUGGGAUCGACCAGCCAGCCCACCUUGGAGACCUUCCAGGACCUCCUACACAGACACCCUGAUGCCUUCUAUCUGGCCCGUACUGCCAAGGCUCUGCAGGCUCACUGGCAGCUCAUGAAGCAGUAUUACCUGUUAGAGGACCAGACAGUGCAGCCACUGCCCAAGGGGGACCAAGUGUUGAACUUCUCUGAUGCAGAGGACCUGAUUGAUGACAGUAAGCUCAAGGACAUGCGAGAUGAGGUCCUGGAACAUGAGCUGACAGUGGCAGACCGGCGCCAAAAGCGAGAGAUUCGGCAGCUGGAACAGGAACUGCAUAAGUGGCAGGUGCUAGUCGACAGCAUCACAGGCAUGAGCUCUCCAGACUUCGACAACCAGACCCUGGCAGUGCUGCGGGGCCGCAUGGUGCGGUACCUGAUGCGCUCUCGCGAGAUCACCUUGGGUAGAGCAACCAAGGAUAACCAGAUUGAUGUGGACCUGUCUCUGGAAGGUCCAGCCUGGAAGAUCUCCCGGAAGCAAGGUGUCAUCAAGCUGAAGAACAACGGAGAUUUCUUCAUUGCCAAUGAGGGCCGGAGGCCUAUUUACAUUGAUGGACGGCCUGUGCUGUGUGGCUCCAAAUGGCGUCUUAGCAACAACUCUGUGGUGGAGAUCGCCAGCCUGCGUUUUGUCUUCCUCAUCAACCAGGACCUCAUUGCCCUCAUCCGGGCGGAGGCUGCCAAGAUCACACCACAGUGAGGAGUGGUAGCAGGACCUUUAGGCUCUCUCUGGUCGGUUUCCUCUGCCAUUCCAGCCCCCUUGAACUGGGAAUUCAGGCUCCUAGAAAAACCUGUCCAGGGUGAGCAGCAGGAAGCCCAGCUGCUAGCCCACUGAUUUGAGCCUGGAGGGAGGGUAGGGCUGGCACCAUGAAGCCAGGAGAAGGUGGGACACUUGGCUUCCCUAGAGCCAGAGCCCCUCCCCCUCUUUCUCUGCAGACAACUCUUAUCUCCUCCCCUCAGAUUGCCACCUUCACUCCCGUCUCCAGCUGAUUAGCUUCAGCCUUUUCCUUUAUUGUUUUUCUUUUGUAAAUAAAAAGCACCAUGUUCCAAAGUA